UGAAUUGACCGGUUCAUCCGUUUGCCUAAGAAACUAGUUUUCUUCGUUCUUAUAAAAUACCAACUCAGAUCCAAAACGUUACUCUGCCACGUCUGGCCGCCGAUCUCCCUGAACCUCCCAAGUCCCCGAUCUCCGGUCUCCGAUUCUCUUUCCUUUUCCGUUCUAAGAAAUCUCCCCAUGGAAAGAUCCAUGGAGAUCAAGGUUGUCUCUGCCAGAGACCUAAACAACGUCAAUUUCCUCAUGAAGAUGGACGUUUACACCGUCGUCAAGCUCGUGACCACCGACAAUGCCAAGUCUAAAUCCAGCCAGAGAUUCAAAACUCCCGUCGAUAAAGAAGGUGGCAGCAAUCCGAUCUGGAAUUUCUCUAUCAAAUUCGCUAUCGACGAGGCCGCCGCUAGGGCUAACCGCCUUACCCUCAAUUUCAAGCUCUGUUGCCAGCGGAAUCUCGGCGAUAGGGAUAUCGGCAAGGUCUACGUUCCGGUGAAGGAGCUUCUUGAUUCCGCCGGCGACGGAAAAGGCGAUUCGAUGCAGCAUCUUAGUUAUCAGGUGAGAAAACCGUCUGGAAAUCCCCAGGGGGUCUUAAAUUUCUCCUUCAAAUUUACGGACAAUUCGCCAUCCGGCCCUGUUCAACCGGGACCGGUCCAGACUUAUAGCCCGGUUUCCGCUGACUCGAGUUCAUUCGCCGUCGCUCACGGUGGGGCUUUUCCCCCUCCUCUGCCUCCUCGGUCGGAAGCUUACCAUCCAGCUUCGAAUUCGCACCCGAUCCCUCCGCCGAAAGUGGUGUCGCAGGAGGCAGGGUAUACAGUUUACCCGCAGCUGCCAAUGGGAUACAGCGCGUACUCUCCGGCGCCGUCGUAUGGCUCGUAUGUACCGGCACCGUUGUACAGCUCGUACGCGCCGGAGCGGUCUCAACCUGGGUAUGGUUACAAUCACCAACAGCGGCCAUCUACGCCGGCGUAUGGGUACCGGCCUCCGCCGGCCUACGCAUAUCCUACGCCGCCGUCGUAUUAUCCGCCGAAGCCGCAGAGAAAGAAGAACCACAUGGGAUUAGGAUUGGGAGCUGGGUUGGUCGGGGGAAUGUUGGGCGGGCUGUUGAUCGGAGAUAUAGCGUCGGACGCCGCAGACGGCUGAUUUCACUUUUUAUGUAAAGGAUGUGGUCUGUAUAUCCGUUUUUUUAGCCUUUUGGUUUGUGCAAAAUUCUCCUCCAACUUUUGUAUACUCGAACAACAUUCAUUUGUGAGAAUUCUUUUUUUUUC